AUGCUCGGCUUCUUGCGCAAUCAUUGUGAUGUACUCCAGUCAGUGGCUCCUGCUAAAUCCAACUUCGUCGAUCAUCGUUCCUCGAAACCAGCUGUCUGUCACACAGUGGUGAAAACGUCAAACAAAUGCGCAUUCUGCAGUGAAUCGUGGCAUCCUGCUUUCCAGUGUUCUGCAUUUCAACGGAUGAACGUUCCAGAUCGUGUCGAGUCUGUCGCUAAACACAGACUGUGUCGAAACUGUCUGCGUCCAGGACAUUACGCAAAUUCCUGCGAAAGAGGGGUCUGCCGUCAUUGUCAACAGAAGCACCAUUCCAUGCUGCAUGGACUAUCCAGAUCCUCCGUUCCACACUCGAAACCGAAACCUGCGACACAAGACGAGCAAUCGCGACCGCCAAAGGCUAAGCAACACAAUUCGAACCAACACACACACACCACCACUGCCAGCUCGCAGCGCACAAACAACACACCUCCAGCCACCAACACGCCCACCAAAAGUCAAAAUUAUGUCGCACUCCCCAUCACACCUACACACAACAUACUUCUGUCUACCGCUAUCGUUACAACCAAAGAUCGUUUUGGUAGAGGGACGCUGGCACGAGCUCUGCUAGACUCGUGUUCCCAGCACUGUCUAAUGACUGCCAGUUUUGCGAGCAAGCUACAGUUCCGUGAGACUCCUACGUAUUUGUCGGUUCAAGGGAUUGGAUCAGCUCGAUCGGUUUCCACCAAAUUAGUUAGUGCAGAGGUCGGUCCUAGGUCUGGGAUCAUUUCGCCAUUCACUGAAGAGAUGCAGUUCCAUGUGCUGCCAAAGCUGACUGUGUUACUUCCGACGACGAGUUGCAAUCCGGCCGAGUGGGAUCUUCCGGAUUCGACGUUGAUAGCCGAUCCCAGUUUUCACGAGCCUGGUCCGGUCGAUUUGAUUAUCGGAGCUGAAUAUUACAUGGACUUGCUGAAAGAUGAACGACAGAAGGCUACACCAUCAGGACCGACUCUGCAGAAUACGGUGUUUGGGUGGAUAGUCUCGGGAAGAGUUCCCAAUAGUACAAAUAGCGAGCCAUGUUCACUGGUUCACGUGUGCUCGACGGCGGAAAUCGAAGAGCAGCUCACCAGAUUCUGGGAAUUGGAGACCUGUCGAACCACCAGCACCAACUCCGUCGAAGAAACCACCUGCGAACUGUUUUUCAAGGAGACUACAGUAAGAGACGAGAAUGGCAGAUUUGUUGUGGCACUGCCAAAGAAGGAAUACGUCAUCAGCAAAUUGGGGGAUUCAAGGGCAACUGCUCUCAAACGGUUCAUGGGACUCGAACGACGAUUUGCAGCUAACCCAGACCUGAAGACGCUGUAUUCCCAGUUUAUCCACGAAUACCAAACUCUCGGCCACAUGAAAGAGGUCAUCGAUGAUACCGCCGCAGGGAAGACAUUUUAUUUACCGCACCAUGCUGUUCUAAAGCCGGACAGUACCACCACGAAACUCCGAGUAGUUUUCGAUGGCUCUUGUCGAACAUCUACGGGCAUUUCUUUGAACGACGGCUUGAUGGUCGGUCCGGUUGUUCAGGAAGACUUCCUCAGUAUCACGUUACGCUUCCGUAUCCACCGAUUUGCAAUAGUAGCCGACAUUGCCAAGAUGUACCGAAUGGUUCGAGUUCAGACAACGGAUCAACCGCUACAACGGAUCUUGUGGAGAGAUUCUAUCGAAGAACCAAUCCGUACUUUCGAAUUGACGACAGUUACGUUCGGUACCGCGUCUGCGCCUUAUCUGGCCACAAAAUGCCUGCAAAGUUUAGCCGAGGAAGGAGAAGAAACGCAUCCAGAUGCUGCUAAGGUGCUCAAGCAGGACUUCUACGUGGACGAUAUGCUCUCAGGUGUAGACGACGUGAAGGAUGGAAGGAAGUUGAUUCAACAGCUGGUCGAGCUUUUACAGUCAGCAGGAUUUUCACUUCGCAAGUGGAAUUCCAACAGUAAGGAGCUCCUACAGAAUGUGCCUGAGCAGUUGAGGGACGAUCGGUCGAUCCUAGAGUUAGAUUCGUCUAGUUCAACCAUCAAAACGCUAGGACUUGUGUGGGAACCCAGUACCGAUAGCUUUCGAUUCACUAUUCCAACCUGGAACUCCGCGGCCGUAAUCACCAAACGAAUAGUGCUCUCAGACGUCUCCCGACUGUUUGACCCAUUAGGCCUCGUGGGGCCUGUUAUUAUUCAAGCAAAAAUAUUCAUCCAAGGGUUAUGGAAACAAGAGUGUUCUUGGGAUGAACCUCUCCUGCCAGAGCUACAGGAAUACUGGCAAGAGUAUCGGAGAAACCUUGCUGGUUUGGAUAGCCUCUCUGUUCUAGCCUGGUUGGGCUAUCUAGCAACAUUGUAG